AUGUCAGGGUUAAUCUCUUUGAUACCAUUAACAUACUUUUUAUGGUAUGCAUUAUCACUGGAAGCAUGGCUACCGAAUCGACCAAAUAUAAUACUUAUCAUGACGGAUGAUCAAGAUAUUGAAUUAGGCUCAAUGCAGUUUAUGCCAAAAACCGUACAUCUGCUAAAAGAACGUGGGGUAACAUUCAAUUCAGGUUUCGUUUCAACACCUAUAUGUUGCCCAAGUCGAAGUUCGAUAUUGACUGGAAUGUAUGCACACAAUCAUCAUGUACUUACCAAUAAUCAUAACUGUUCAGGGAAUAAUUGGAGACAUAACUAUGAAAAAAGUACAUUUGCUGUGUAUCUAAAAAAUGAAGCAAGUUAUACAACGGCAUAUUUUGGUAAAUAUUUAAACGAGUAUAUCGGUUCAUAUAUUCCGCCUGGUUGGGACUAUUGGAUGGGAUUGCUUCGAAAUAGCCGGUUCUAUAAUUACACAGUAAAUAUAAAUGGUAAUAAGAUCAAGCAUGGAUGGGAUUAUGGAAAGGAUUAUUUCACUGACUUAAUUGCUAACGAUACGAUAGCGUUUAUCCGACAAUUGCGUGACAAAGAUCCAUUCAAGCCGUAUAUGAUCGUGAUAUCAUUUCCCGCACCACAUGGCCCCGAGGAUCCAGCUCCACAAUAUUCUGCAUGGUUUCAGGAUGUUGAAACACACAGAACAGAAGCUUGGAAUUAUGCUCCAAAUCCUGAUAAACAGUGGCUUUUGCAACAUACCGGACGUAUGGAACCAGUCCAUGUUAUAUUUACCGAUGUUUUACAUAGACGACGUCUGCAAACAUUGCAAAGUGUAGAUAGUAAUAUUCAACGACUGAUAAAUGAAUUACGUGAUCUGGGUGAUUUGUCGAAUACCGUUUUCAUCUAUACAAGUGAUCAUGGAUAUCAUUUGGGGCAAUUUGGUUUGGUAAAGGGUAAAAAUAUGCCAUAUGAAUUUGAUAUUCGUGUACCAUAUUUUAUUCGUGGACCAGGAUUUCCGAAGAAUAUAUCGAUCCGUGAACCUGUAAUGAAUGUUGACAUAGCUCCGACCAUUUUGGAUAUAGCUGGAAUAGCUAUACCACGUCAUAUGGAUGGACGUUCAUUAGUACAACUUAUACGACAGUAUGAUAAACCAAAAAAGAAGACGAAAAAGGAAGCAGGAAAAAUGGAAGAAUUUAAAUGGCGAGAUACGGUACUAAUCGAAAGAGGAAAAAUGGCGAAAUUAACUCGAAUACGUGAUCGACUUAUGAAGCAACGUGAUCGAUUAAGUAAAGACUUACGUGUACAAAAAGCCUGUACUCGAUCAGAAUUCAGAGAACCAUGCAGGAAAGGACAGCAAUGGAAAUGCAUUCAUAAUUCUUCUGGUAAGUGGAAAAUUUUCAAAUGUGAAGUGAAUGUAGAUAUCAUCAAAGAAUGUGAUUGUUCAUCGGCUGCACUACUAAAACGGCGUUUUCGACGUUCCAGACCGAAGCACGAUGAAAUGUUGUUUCAAGAAAGAAUAAGUGUUCAACGGACAGCAACUAUAGCUCAGUUAGAUGAUGAAGGUGAAACGGUUUCUCUAGACGAAACUUUGCAAAAGUUUUGGGAAGAAGAAUUCUUGCAAUAUAUACAAGAGAAAGAAGUGAUGGAAAGUGGUGAAUGGUAUCAAGGUGUUUUGGAAAACCGAAAUGUUGGUGAUGUACGCAUCAAGCGAUCGAUAAAAAUGAAAAAAGCAAGGAUUGGCUCUUUGUGUGUGCGAUACAAUACUAGUACUAGUGUCAUUUGCAAGCCAAAAGUAUUUUUGAAUUCUAAAUUAUGGACGAUCCACAAGGCAAAAGUGGAUCAUAGAAUCGAAAAUCUUAAAAGGAAAUUAUUGCUUUAUAAGGUUAUGCGGAGAACUUUGAAACGAAGGCGACCAUCGAAUGACUUUUUAUCAUCAAGUGAUUUAACUGGAUGUAUUUGCAGUGAUACUCAUGCUCGUUUGCCAGGGAACGGAAGUAGCCAUAGUGAUGUGUUAUGGUGGCGCAAAAGUGGAAGAAAUAUUAACAACAAUUCGUUUGCUGGGAUUAAUCCAAAAAGCUCGAAUCAUGGUGAAUUGCAUGCAAAUUGUGUAGUACCACAGAUGAACUGUUUCGUGCACGGUGCAAAUCACUGGAGGACACCACCAUUUUGGCCGGAACGAUAUGGCCAAUUUUGCUUCUGUCAAAAUUCCAACAAUAAUACAUACUGGUGCAUACGAACAGUUAACAGUACACAUAACUUCUUGUACUGCGAGUUUAUCACCGGAUUUAUAAGCUACUAUGAUCUUAAUGCUGAUCCAUAUCAGUUGCAUAAUAUUAUAUGGAGUAUACCAUUGGGAAUAUUGGAACAACUAAGUAGACAACUUGAACUUUUGCGGACAUGUCAAGGUCAUGCACAAUGUGAACACUAUUCCUCCUCACUAUGGCAUCUUCCAGUUAUGGAAAGUGAUAAUAAUAGCAUUAAUCAGUAA